UGAUACCCCCUCGAAACAGUACAAGUUAGGUGUAAGAUAUAGCUCCAACAGGGAUGCGAUAAAAUUCUAUAAUUUUUCUCCCCCUUUUGCUCUUUCUCCUUUCUUCUUCUUCUUCAUCUUUUCUUAUCAUCAACACCAAUCCACAAGUUCAGGGAUCCAGGUUCUUGAGAUAGAUUUUAGGGGGUUGUGAUGGAAAAUGGUGUGAGUAAAGUGGAACAAGUGAAGUUAGAAGUAGAAGAAUUUGAUAAAGAUGUUUUUGAGGGGAUAAAUGGUGGUGUUGAGAACGGUGGCGAUUCGGGUGUUUCGUUACGGUUAGAUGGGGAAACGGAGAAGUUAGAAGAUGCAUCAGAGGGUUCUAGUGAGAGUCAAACGGUUUCGGAGAACAUUGAUAUUGAUCGUGUUGAGGAGGUUGUACCUGUGAAGGUGGCUGAUGGGGAAAGUACCUAUGGUAAUACAAACGGGGAUCAACCCGUUAUAAAAGAAAGUAACGAGUUUGUGGAUUGUGAUGAAUCGGAUGAAAAAAUGCUUAAUAUGGCGGAUGGAAGUGAGGAGAGAAAUGCAUCUGAGAAUACAGCCGGCAAGCAGCCGAGUGGAUCUGAAGCUUAUGAGGCCGUGAAUAACGAUAGUAGCAAGGAGAGAAAUGCAUCGGACGAUACUGCCAGAAAACAGCCGAGUGGAUUUGAAGCUAAUGUGGCCGUGAAUGACGAUAGUAGCGAGGAGAAAGGGAUUAAUGUGUUGCAGGUAAUCGACGGAGAAAGUACUUCCGACGAUACUGCAAAAGAUCAGGCUAGUGAGUUGGAAACUGAUGCGUCAGUGAUUGGUGAAAAAGAGGAAGCGAAAACGGUGGAUGUGAUUGAUGAGCAAAACAUGACUAAUGAGAUUAUAGACAAUGGGGUAAAUGAGGUUCAAACGGUAUCCAACGCAGAUGUAUCGGAAAAUGUUCACGAGGUUAGCGAGAAGCCAGCUACAGUAAUUUUGGAAAGUUCUGAAAAUGGAGUUUCAAACCAUGUUGAUCCGGAUGAAACAGUGGUUCAUGAAGAUGGUGUCAAUGGAGAUUCCGUGAGUCUCGAAACACAGCCAGAUGGAGAGAUAGGAGUUGAAGCAAAUAGAGAUAUGAAUGAAAACGAUAAUUUGGUUGCUGAAAAUAAAGACGUACCAACAGCUGAACAAGUUCAAGAGGGAGAACCGAAAAGUUUUGAUUUAUCUUCACGAAAUCAAAAUGAAAAAAUAACAGAAGAAGAAAGUACUUCAGUCAUCAAUGAUGAAAAAAGUGAACCGAUUGAACAUGAAGUGAAACAAGAUACGCCAGUGAAGAAAGAACCAGAACCGAGGUCUGUUAUCGGUGUUUCUUUAUCUACACCAAAAUCUACAACACCGACACCUGUUCCUAAUCUCAAACCUGAUUCCAAACCUACCACCGCACUCAUCCCCACCCCAUCUUCAUCGACAGCUCCAACUCGUCCCGCUGGUCUUGGCAGAGGUGCACCGCUACUGGAACCGGCACACCGUGUGGUUCAGUCUCAGCCAAACGGAAACGGAAACGCUUCUCUGCAAAACCAAGUCGUUGAUGAACCAACGAUCGGGGAGCCUGAUGAAAAUGACGACACCCGUGAAAAGCUCCAGAUGAUUCGGGUCAAGUUUUUGAGACUUGCCCGGAGGCUCGGGCAGACCCCGCAUAACGUUGUUGUGGCUCAGGUCUUAUAUAGGUUAGGUUUGGCUGAACAAAUAAGAGGUAGCAACGGAGGUCGUGUUGCGGCUUUUAGCUUCGAGCGUGCUAGUGCCAUGGCUGAGCAGUUGGAAGCCGCUGGUCAAGAACCGCUUGAGUUUUCGUGCACCAUCAUGGUUCUUGGGAAAACCGGUGUCGGGAAAAGUUCAACGAUUAAUUCGAUAUUUGAUGAAGUUAAGUUCGGAACCGAUGCGUUUCAAGUUGGAACGAGGAAAGUUCAAGAUGUUGUUGGAACCGUGCAGGGGAUAAAGGUUCGUGUUAUUGACACACCGGGCCUUCUUUCUUCAUGGGCUGAUCAAAGGAAAAACGAGAAAAUUCUCCACUCUGUUAAACGGUUUAUUCAAAAAUCACCUCCGGAUAUCGUGUUGUAUCUUGAUCGUUUGGAUAUGCAAACUCGGGAUUUUGGUGAUAUGCCACUUUUGAGAACGAUAACCGAUAUAUUUGGUCAAUCUAUAUGGUUUAACGCUAUUGUGGUCUUGACCCAUGCUGCAUCGGCUCCACCCGAAGGCCCGAAUGGUACAGCUACUAGUUACGACAUGUUUGUGACCCAACGGUCUCAUGUGGUCCAGCAAGCCAUUCGACAGGCUGCGGGUGAUAUGCGGCUCAUGAACCCUGUUUCCUUAGUUGAAAACCAUUCGGCGUGUAGAACGAAUCGGGCUGGUCAAAGGGUUUUGCCGAACGGUCAAGUGUGGAAGCCUCAUUUGUUACUACUUUCAUUUGCUUCGAAGAUUCUGGUUGAAGCUAAUAUGCUUUUAAAGUUGCAAGAUUCGCCACCUGGCAAGCCGUUUGCGGCAAGAACUCGAGCACCGCCGUUACCGUAUAUUCUUUCAAAUCUUUUACAAUCUAGACCUCAGCUUAAGCUACCUCAUGAGCAGUUCGGUGAUGAUGAUGACGGUGAUGACAUGGAUGAGUCAUCUGAUGAGGAAUCAUCGGAAUACGAUGAGUUACCACCGUUUAAGCGGUUGACUAAUUCCCAAUUGUCAAAGCUUAGUAAGGCACAAAAGAAAUCAUAUUACGAUGAAUUGGAAUACAGAGAAAAACUCUUCAUGAAGAAACAGUUGCACGAAGAAAAGAAACAAAGAAAAAUGAUGAAGAAAAUGGCAGAAGCAGCUAAAGAUUUCCCAACUGAUUUAACCGAUAAUGUAGAAGAAGACAGUAACGGUUCUGCAACGGUUCCUGUUGCGGCUCAAGAUAUGAAUUUACCUGCUUCGUUUGAUGCAGAUAACCCGACGCAUCGGUAUCGGGCUCUCGAGUCUGCUAAUCAAUGGCUCAUUAGACCCGUACUUGACCCACAUGGUUGGGACCAUGAUGUUGGUUAUGAAGGAAUUAACGUGGAACACUUGCUUGCAGUUAAACAAAAGAUACCCAUAUCGUUUUCAGGUCAGAUUACCAAAGAUAAAAAGGAUGCGAAUCUCCAAAUGGAGGUAUCGAGUGCGUUAAAACAUGGAAAGUCAAAGUCAACAACUUUAGCGUUAGAUAUGCAGACUGUCGGAAAAGAAAUGUCGUAUACUUUAAGAAGCGACACCCGGUUCAUUAAUUACAGAAAAAACAAAGCGUCAGUGGGUUUUUCAGCUACGUACAUGGGUGACUCGUUAACCGGUGGUGUUAAAUUUGAGGACAAAUUAACGAUUAAUAAACGAGGGCAGUUAGUGGUGGCAGGAGGAGCGGUUAUCGGUCGUGGUGAUGUGGCUUAUGGCGGCAGUUUGGAGGCUACGUUAAGAGAUAAAGAUUAUCCUUUGGGUCGGUUUUUGUCAACAAUUGGUCUCUCGGUUAUGGAUUGGCAUGGUGAUCUGGCGCUUGGAUGGAAUGCACAGUCGCAGAUUCCUAUUGGUCGGUCUACUAAUUUGAUUGGUCGUUUUAAUUUAAAUAAUAAGGGUUCCGGUCAAGUUAGCGUUCGUUUAAAUAGCUCAGAACAGCUUCAAAUUGCAUUAGCUGCCUUCGUUCCACUUGUCAGUAAGCUAUUGGGGUAUUAUCAGGAUCGCGAUUCUGCAUACUAAUUACAUAUUUUUGGACUCGAGAAUGAAGAAAGUUAUUUGGUCUAUGCUGCUCGAGUGCAAUCGUUUGACCAAUAUAUUAGUCUGAUCGCUGAAAUAAUAGCCAAAAAGAAGGCGUAAAUGUUUUGCAAUUAUGGGAAAACAGUAGGUAAAAAUGCACAAAAGACUGUAGCGGUAGAGCUAGAUUUGGAGCAAAUCACCAUGCUGCUAGUUUUUUUUCUUAAUUUUUGUCUUCAUUUUGAAGUUCUUAUUGAUAUAGAGAUUUUCUUGUUAGAAUGGUGACCAAGUUUAGUUAUUGUAUUAUACGUAUGAUGGGUAUGCGAGUGACGAAUUCUAAAUUUGGUUCAGUGAACAAGACUCCGUUUUUGUAGUUUGCAUAAUAUGUUUGGCUUAAUGGUUUAUGGUG